UUAAUAGCUGUCCGGCGGGCUGCAUCCGUUGGUGUCAACCGGUCGUGUUUAUUUCCGGACGUUUUCUUUUGGCGGUUUUUCGGCAUCUCGCUUCGAUGCGUUGACCCUCGGCGGACGAGAUCCGCAAAGCGCCUCAGGAUGCCUCGGGAGCGCAAGGGGGCGAACAAAUUUAAGGACGCUGACCUCGACGGCUCAGGCGGUGCGCCGGGCGACAUGAAGCUGCAACCGGAGAGUCCCUCCACCAAGAAGCGUCGUACGCCGGCAACUCAAGCGAGCCCGUCCAUACCCGACUUGGUUCCGCCGCCCCCGAUGACGGGCUACGGUGAGACGAUCGUCGCGUCCAAUCCUUUCGACGACUCCGUCACGUCGCAGCAACAAAGCCACCUGCACCGGCGACCGCCGCCUCAACACGCUAUGUUGCACCAGCACCCCAGCGUCUCGCAGGCCCAGAUUCCGCCCUCCGGUGGACCAGGGAUGCCGCAGUCGGCAGCGAUGCACCCCAAGCCGAUGCCCAUGUCUUCGGGUAAGGUCUACCCUCCCGAUCAGCCGAUGGUGUUCAAUCCACAGAACCCGAACGCGCCGCCCAUUUAUCCGUGCGGCGUGUGUCACAAGGAAGUGCACGACAACGACCAGGCGAUCCUGUGCGAGAGCGGGUGCAACUUUUGGUUCCACCGCAUCUGCACCGGUCUCACGGACGCCGCGUUCCAUCUGCUCACGCAGGAAGUCUACGCCGAAUGGGUGUGCGACCGAUGCCUCUCGUCCAAAAGCAUACCACUCGUCAAAUUCAAGCCGUGAAGUGUCGCGCGCCUACUUGUCACACGUGAUGCGAGAGUGAAAGCCGGUUACUCAGCAUGUUUUAUAGGACGAAAAAUGAUUUGUAUGACAUAUUUUAGUUUGUACGUAGACUUCUUUGUGUUACCGUCGCCGUAAAUGCGAGAGGCCGGAUAGGUGGGGCCAUCGCGGCGCUAAGAUGAAGCAGGCAAGCACAGCAUUGUUAUUGCAGAAACCUAGUGUAUUCUACUUCUCUGCUGGUCUAACUUUUCGGCGGUGCCGUAAUUCACGUGGCUAUAAUUAUGGUUGUUCCAAGCGUCGCAAGAUAUUUAUGCCAUCGUACGGUAAUCCGGUAUUCCACAGAUAUCUCUGCGUAUACCGGAACACCAUUCAUGUUAGAAUUCUCCAUUAGACCAUUUUAGAAUAGGGCACGCAAAGCUUUGUGUAUGCCUCUUGGGUAUGCAUUUCAUAUUUCGAAAAUAGCAUAUAUGCCCAAGCAACGCGAACCUUACGAACCCAAUUCUAAGACUCUAUUAAAUAUCCUGCAUAUCCAAAAAACACUAAGCUUGCAUUCAUUAUUAUAACAUUAUUAUAACUGCCUUAUGUAUGAGCCAGCGUGAACUUUACUGCAACGUCCCGACCAUGGUAAAAUAUUUAGACAUGUUUGUCUUGGCAGCUUUCAAACAGGCCGCGUUCGGCAGAGGUCUGCUUUUCCCAAUCGAGGCAAGGAUACGACCAGGAUAAUUCCCUGCUAGGGCCUUCUUCAAGAGCGUUCGGAGGAGACAAAAGUGCUUGUUUUCAAAGUGGGAAGACGCAUUUUAUUUUGAACCCCAUCACCCUUGCUCAUAUGGCGUGGAUGUCAAAACAGCAUUGCUAACGGUAUGCUUGAUUGACAACUUUCAGGUGUGUCUUUUUUUGUGGGAUCCGGUGACAAAUCCUGUGGGGUCCGGUGUUGUACAGUAAGCGGUGCGCGUCACCUUUGCAUAAUAAGAUUUCUGUUGCUGAUCUCGUGAAUCCAAUUCUUAUGAUGACGCAUCCGUGGACUGAAAGUAUUGAAGAGUGUGCUUGUCAUCAAAAACAGUCUUCUAAAUUUGUAAUUUUAAAAACUUGCUCAGGUUUGGAAUUGUACCACUGGUGUUUAUGGUGUCUACACUAUUCUGAGCCCAAUAGUCAACGUGUAUCUCUUUUGCUUCAAUUUUUGGGUAACCAGCAUUUUUUACUUUACACAAUGGUAAGAGACACAUAGGAUUGAAUAUUUUCAUUACAUAUGCCAGGUCUGGAGUUCAAAAUGUAAAACUGCCUGGAUGAUAUGCAUUCGACUCAUGUUAAAGAACUCCAUGCGUUCCAGGUAGCUCGAGAGCCACCGAAGUCAGCUGUAUUCAGACAUUGGGAUGUAAAAGUCUCCUUAAUUAUUUAAUAAUGGCUGUGUGAUAUUGCAAACUGUUCAUCAUAACACAAGGUAUAGCAUGAAAACAUGGACACAAGAGAAGAGAAAAGAGAACACAAACACCCCCUUAUUUUAUGAUGAAUCCUUACCAAGUAGCUGAACGUUGUGUUGUUGUUCGUUAACCUUUGGCAAAGUAAGCGCCCUAUACUCAAUGUUGAAGAUCUGGGAAAACUCUCCUUUCUCGUUCAGUGUGACUGUUAAAAUUACAUUCAACCAUCCCGAUGAAAAUGACGAGAUUGUAGCAACUUCCAUUAAGUCAACGAGUUCCGGAAACAAAGUAAACUUAAGAUGUCUAUCGGUGACAUCAACAUGCGGGGCGCACAUGCUUAAACUGAAAAUAGUUUCUCGUUCAGUGUGACUUCGUUGAAGUAACAUUCAAGUAUCCCGAUGAAAAUUAAGAGAUUGUAGCAAGAACUGUUGAGUCAACAAGUUCCGGCAAAAAGUAAACCUAAAAUGUCUAUCGGUGAUAUCAACAUGCAGGGGUCAUAUGCUUAAAGCGAAAAUAGUUUCUCGCUCAGUGUGACUUCAUUGAAGUAACAUUCAAGUAUCCCGAUGAAAAUGAAGAGAUUGUAGUAACAACUGUUAAGUCAACGAGUUCCGGCAACAAAGUGAACCUAAAAUGUCUGUCGGUGAUGUUAACAUGCGGGGGGGCCAUAUGCCUAGACUAAAAAUAGUUUCUCGUUCAGUGUGACUUCAUUGAAGUAACAGUCAAGUAUCCCGAUGAAAAUGAAGAGAUUGAAGCAACUACCAUUUUAGUCAACUAGUUCCGGCUGCCUUUCUGUACUGUGCAUAGUUGAUCUAUGCUUCAUAUUUCUUGUGUAUCAUAUGCAUGUACUUGUUGUUCUCGCCCACUCAUUUACACUGCACUCUUAGUGUCAUAGUACACUUCCAUGUUGAAAUUGUGAGCACUGCGUUUGAACUUGCAUCACAUUUGUGAUCAUGUCAUCUCUUGAUCCAUGGGCACAUAUUUAUAACUUCUACAUCCUUUUCAUUUUUUUCCCUUUUACUCAAACAUAACUUCCACAAAAUCAAUUUUGUAAGAUACUGUUGUAUUAUGAUUGUUUCAAAUUCAUGAGGAAAACUAGAACCUCAUCGUGCAACAUUUGUGCCAUAAAUGUUUUCUCAUCCCUGUAAUGUAGACCUUUUAGCUGCUGUUGAUGGCAUUAAGUGCAAUGAGUAUUGCAUUGAAGUGCAGUUGGCCCGGUUAUCUAGAAGCGUUGUUUCUUAUUUCAUUUGUCACUCAGCCUGAUAUAGUCAUUAAAGUGUGUGAGAACAAAGACAAAGAAAUAUGGAUAAACCAGACGGAUCCAAGCUACUAACCCAUCCUGUCAAUGUGCGUUUCUUCUCUCAGUGUUUGCCAUUUGUAACUAAAGCAGUAUAUCUGACCAAUUAGCUCUGGCAAAAGUACUGCUGAUCUAUUUUUUCUGUCAGACUAUGAAAUUCGAUAAUAAGUGUGACAGCAUCACAUGCUGUUUUACAAGAGUUGCAUUGGAACUGAUUAAACUUCUCACCACUAGCUGUUGCACUUCUGUGUUCUGAGGCCUUAUUCUGAGGUGAUCACUUUGGGAACUAUCACCAUAGUAUCGCCUUCAGUGCGCACUUAUUCGCUCAUUAAUUAAAGUCAUGCCAGUCAUUGGACACACAAUGAUCUACAUCAUGCAAAGCAGCAUCGUCCUCAAAAGUCAUAGCUUCAGAAUGCGAUACCUGGUGGGUGAUGUUCAGAUUCUUUCCUCAACAGCAGUUAACGAUAUGCGAACAAAAGCUAUUGUGUGCACACAAACUUGUCUGCACUAUGUAAAGAGAUUGCCAGAGACCCUUGUAUCGUGACUGCAUUGAUGAAGGGCAUCUUCACGUUGCAUUGAAGUAGUUUCUGUUGCAGUUUGUUUGGGCAUGUUUGUAUGUUUCAGGCAUGAUCUCAGGCUCCUAUGUACAGUUUAUGCCUUUGGCUUGUAUAAAAUUAUUUCAAUGACC